AUGAAGUUCCUUGUUACUACACGUUCUUCGUCUUUUCGUGAUGUGGCCGAUUCGUCCACGUUCAUUCAAUUCUGCGAUCCCACCUCCGAUAACCUUUCUAUACCAUUGACCGCCCCGGAAACGGUGGAUGUGUGGAUAUGCAACGGCCAAGAGGCUACCAAUGAGCUGAUGAACAAAUGGCUUGGACAAGCUAGCCAUAUCCCCAAGUCGAUUCUUGUGGAAGACCCCACCGCCAUUUCCCGUCUGCAGGAAUAUGCAGAGGGCCGAGGGGUUCAAAUCGCAGGCUUCCCAAAGCAUGAGAAUCUUGCAAUACAAUGGGAGGAAUCCAUACUUCGAGAUGCGGAAAUGCUCUACGCGCGUGCAUGCGUCAAUACAAAAGUCCAGUCACAAAAAAAAUUGAAAGUCAAGGACGGCAAGGAGACUGUUUUUCUUGUUGGAGCGGGCAUCAUGAAUCUUGUGACAGCGGAAUAUUUAGCUGCGCGCGGUUACCAGGUGCACGUGGUGGAUGCAGGCCCGGAUCCUCGAUGCUGUAAGGACUGGACUCGCCUGGGUGUCACUAAUGGUGGCGGCAAUGCCCGCAUGUACACCCGUACCGAAGCGGACAACUACAAUGAGAAAGGGAGCAAAAUCUACGAAAACAUGCAGGGGGUUUUCCGGAAGACUGUGCGUGAGGGCGGAUGGUGCGUGAAGCCACCUGACGAUUUUACUGCCGCGGAGAAUUCUUGGGUGCAUGCAUUCGAGCAAAUUCCGGCUUGGUUGGCGCGGGCAUUCAGGGAUAAUAUCCGAGAGGUCAAUAUGGAAGCUGGCAAGCUCUGGAAAGAAUAUAUUGAAGGCUAUCCACACUUAUUUCAGGAGGUGGGAUUUUGCAAGGACAUCCUCCGUAUGUACGUGGAGCCUGUUGCUCUGGACACAGCCAUCACGCUACACCGCCAGCUCGGGGCGAUCCUUCAGACCACUUCUCUGCAUGAGUUCCUGGAUACCAAUCCCGGCUUCAAGCCCGCAGCCGAGUCGGACCAUCUCGCGGGAGGAAUCACCGUGGAAGGGUUCACAGUGAACAUUCAUCCCUUCGUGGCAAAGUUGAUGGACCGCAUUACUGAGCUCGGUGGGGAGUUUCUCUGGAACUGUGAAGUGCAGGGUAUAAUGCGCGACUCUUUAGGCAAAGUGACCAAGCUAGAAUCACAACUUGGCCCUCUAAAAGCGGAUCACUUUGUCGUGAGCCCUGGUGUGACUGGACAUGUACUACUAAAUGGAACGGGCUGCGAAAACUUGGUCCAUGGGGUCCUUGGAGUAUGGCUACAAAUCCCCAACCUGAACCGGCAGCAGAAGCAUUCUAUCAAGAUUCACCGUCGCAGUCACCUUGUCGAAGAUAUCAAUGUUACUGUUGCGAAGGAUAUGGAUACCGGUGAAGAAAUCCUUAUAUUUGGUGGUGGGUACGGUUAUGUCGGGGAGGGCCGUCCUGCACCCGACUCUCUGGAACUCAUGGCCCUCUUCAAUGAGCUGGAAGAGGUGGCACGCAUCUAUUUCCCUGAAGGAUAUGCAGUAGCCAAAGCUCGUGACACCCUGCACCCCGGUGGAAACCGCAAGUUUUGCGUCCGACCUUUUACACCCACAGGCCUCGGAGUGUAUGAGAAAAUUCCUACAGCAAGUGGAGGCUGUCUGAUUAUUACUGGCGGGAAUAAUACUGGCGGUUUUUCGCAAGCACCUGCCAUAGCACGUGCGGUCUGGCGCUCGUUGGUGGGCGAGUUCGAUCCAAUUCACAUGCUUUUCCAUCCUGGUCGAGGCAGGCUCCCCGGUGCCACUCCCAUUGCCUACAAAUACCCAGUUCCUGAGACGUUAUCAAUGGGCAGUACAGAGGCUCUCAAGCCCUUGCGGCUGCUUUUGCUCUGCUCUGACGGUCCCCAGCACCGCUACCUACGAUACCGUCUGGAUCAGACUUUUCCCGGCUAUCGCUGCAUUCUGGAAACAACCGACGGACAGAUACGCCAGCUACUUCAAAAGCGCCGUAUAGUAGAUGCGUGCUAUACAAAAUAUCAUGGCUUUCGACGUCACCUCUUUGGUCACGAUAGUUACCGCAAAGCUUACUUCGACGACCUGAUGCCACACAGCCAUGCCUCCCCGACACCAGACCUCACGAUUGACAGCGUCAACUGCCGCCAGGUCUGGGAUGCGGUGACACAAUGGCAACCAGAAGUCACCAUCGUCUCGGGUACUAAGUACAUUGGAAAGAACCUAAUCGCUCGUGCUGGACUCAUGAUCAACCUGCAUACUGGCCAUCUUCCAGAGUACAAGGGAAACCACUGCAUAUUCUUCGCUUUGAAUGAUGGGGCGGUGGACAAGGUUUCGUCGACCUUGCACCAGCUAACAUCGACCCUAGACGGGGGGGGACAUCUUAGAUAG